AUGAGGAUGCAAUUGGAACGAUCAGAAGUGGCAUUCAAUAUGUUCACUAAUGGUUCAUCGAAGAGAAUCAAUUUGGAAGCUCGUUAUAACUUGACAGAUGAAGCUAUAAGGAAUAUGAGUGAUUGGCCACCAGUAGUAUUGCAGUACGAAACACAUAAAAAGCUUCAUCUCGAUAAGGAUACUUUUCAAGCAAAUUUGACUAAAUUCAGGCAAACUGUGAAUGAAAGCACGGUUAUGGACGUAUUGGGUUGGUACACCUCUGUAAAUGCUGCCCUUCUAGACCAUCUCACUAACCAAAUCAAGGAGAACGACAACAGUGGCGUUUGGAGAUAUCUGUUGGCCUUCAAAAACUUGCUGAAAAGCAUCGAAAGCACAGGAAUAGCGAGCGUGUAUGGUGUCAACUACUUCGGUCAAGGCCGCCUCCAGCUAUUGAGCUAUAUCAGCUUCGUGACUCAUUCUGCAUUAGCCAAUGAUCUGCUCAACACUGCCUUCAAUUAUGUGCCGCAAAUGAAGAAGGAAUAUCAAGAUUUGGCUGCUAAUAUGCCCAACUAUGGCAAUAUCCAACUCAGGAACAAUAUAAUCCUGCAAAAUGUACAAAGGAAUGCAAGUGACCUCAAAGCUCGAGAAUACUUCGACCUAAUGGCAAUUUACACAGACGAACUGAGGAAAAUACAACGAUCACUUCGUGUCAUCAUCCAG